AUGGGCACAGAACGAAGUUGCUUAUACGCUGUGCAUCAUUCACGCCCGCCAACAGUUGGCCAUCUAACCUCUGACACAACAUUAGCAUUACCUAAAACUUGCCACAACUGUUGGUUCCUAAGCGAAAUAAGUCUGCAAAGUGCCAAUGGCGAUGAUAACAAACCAUCUACUAGUAAUAAUAUUUUGAUGCAUAACUGUCAAAAGCAUUCAGUUGUAGUUGAAGCAUGUGUUGGAGAUAAUGACAAAUUACCCAGUCGCAGUAUUUUGAUAAAUAAACAAAAACCGUGUUCAGCUGAGGUGGAAUCAUAUGUUCUAGAUAACGAUAAACCACCAAACAGCCAAAAUAUUUUGACAAAUAACCGUCAAACGCAUUCAGCUCAGAUGGGGGCAUGCAUUGAAGAUAAUGAGAAACCACCAACUAAUCGCAGUAUUUCGACAAAUAAAAAACAAACGUAUUCAGCUGAGGUGAAAACAUUUGUUAAAGAUGACGAUAAACCAUCAAGUAACCAAAAUAUUUUGAUAUAUAAACUUCAAACGCGUUCAGCUAACGUGAAAGCAAGGGUUGAAGAUAACGACAAGCCAUCAACCAGUCAAAUCAUCACAACACUUGCACAUCAAAGAAGUGCAAAUAACGUGAAUGUAAGUUUAGGAGAUGACGACAAACCAUCAACCAGUCAAAUAUCAAUUACAAAUACACAACAGAGAAAUACAAAUAACGUGAAAGCAGUUGACGACAAACCAACCAGUCAAAUAUCCAUUAGACAUGUACAACAAGGAAGUACAAAUAACGUGGAAGCAAUUGUUGAAAAUAACGACAAACCAUUCACUAGUCAAAACAUCAUAACACAUGCACAUCAAAGAAGUGCAAAUAACGUGGAUGUAAAUAUGGAAGAUAACGACCAACCAUCAAACAGUCAAAAUUUCAUGACUCUUGAGCAUCAAAAAAUUGCGCAUACCAUGGAAACAUUUGUUGAAGAUGGCGUUAAACCAUCAAGCAGCCAAAAUAUUUUGACUCAUAAACAUCAAAAGUAUUUACUUCUGGAUGCAUGCGAUGAAGAUAAUGUCAAACUACCAACUAGUUGCAGUAUUUCGACAAAUAAAAAACAAACGUAUUCAGCUGAGGUGAAAACAUUUGUUAAAGAUGACGAUAAACCAUCAAGUAACCAAAAUUUUUUGAUAUAUAAACUUCAAGCGCGUUCGGCUAACGUGGAAGCAAGGGUUGAAGAUAACGACAAACCAUCAACCAGUCAAAACAUCACAACACAUGCACAUCAAAGAAGUGCAAGUAACGUGAACGUAAGUUUAGCAGAUGAGGACAAACCAUCAACCAGUCAAAUAUCAAUUACACGUACACAGGAAAGUAAUACAAAUACCUUGAAAGCAGUUGACGACAAACCAACCAGUCAAAUAUCCAUUAGACAUGUACAACAAGGAAGUACAAAUAACGUGGAAGCAAUUGUUGAAGAUAACGACAAACCAUCCACUAGUCAAUACAUCAUAACAUAUGCACAUCAAAGAAGUACAAAUAACGUGAAUGUAAGUAUAGAAAAUGACGACCAACCAUCAAACAGUCAAAAUUUCAUGACUCAUGAGCAUCAAAAAAUUGCGCAUAGCAUGAAAGCACUUGUUGAAGAUGGCGUUAAACCGUCAAGCAGCCAAAAUAUUUUGACUCAUAAACAUCAAAAGUAUUCACAUCCGGAUGCAUGCGUUGAAGAUAAUGUCAAACUACUAACUAGUCGCAGUAUUUCGUCAAAUAAAAAACAAACGUAUUCAGCUGAGGUGAAAACAUUUGUUAAAGAUGACGAUAAACCAUCAAGCAACCAAAAUAUUUUGAUAUAUAAACUUCAAGCCCGUUCAGCUAACGUGGAAGCAAGGGUUGAAGAUAACGACAAACCAUCCACUAGUCAAAACAUCAUAACACAUGCACAUCAAAGAAGUGCAAAUAACGUGAAUGUAAAUAUGGAAGAUGCCGACCAACCAUCAAACAGUCAAAAUUUCAUGACUCAUGAGCCUCCAAAAAUUGCGCAUAGCAUGGAAGCAUCUUUUAAACACAAUAAUAAGCUAUCACUUUACGAAAAGUGGAGACGAAUACAUAUCUUUAUAUCAAAGAAAGUAACAACCAAGUAA